AUGAACGCCUCGAAGGGCAGAAGCGACGCACGUUUGAUCAAGAUCCACACAAUGCGACAGUCGAGGAAUUCAUCGAAGGGGAACCGUUUGGGCUGCAAAAUCGGCCGUGGUGUGGUUCCUGACGAGAGUGCGGAGAUCAGCCGCAGGGAGAGUCCUGCGUGGGAUGGAGCACGACCUACCGCUCUCUCCCCUACUUAG